CCUUACCUCAAGUCCAUUAACACAGGGAGGUUAUCAUUCAUAGUCUUGUAUUUUUCUAUGUGUGGUAUAAGUUUUAAGUGAAAAUACUGAGGAUUAUUAUAGAAUCAAGUCAUUUGAACCCACGCACUAACUUACGGCUACGACGUCUACACUUUAAUAUUCUGCGUGUUCACAUUGAAACGAACAAUUAAGUGGAGGAACGUCGUUCUGGCAGACACAACAGCUUAACCCAGUGAUUGAUAUUUGACUCACCACCGCCACUACUCUCACUUAUCGUCGUCAUCAUCAUCAUCAAUAGUAUCGUUGAACAUUAUGGCCAACAUUUUGGAAAAUCAAUUGGCUGCUGUUGCUUCAGUUAUUGAAAAGCAAUUGGACGAUCAAUUGGAUCGUUUGGAUAACUUAGAUACCGAUGACUUGAAGGUUAUUCGAGAACAACGCAUACGAGAAAUGAAAGAAUUAAACCAAAAGAAACAGGAAUGGCUGCAAAAUGGCCAUGGCGUGUACACAGAACUUGCUGAUGAAAAGGAAUUUUUUGAAGUAUCAAAGAAAUCCCCCAACAUUGUUUGUCAUUUCUAUCGUGAUUCAACGGAACGCUGUCGCAUAGUCGAUAUGCAUUUGAAAAUAUUGGCAGGUAAACAUAUCGAGGCGAAAUUCUGCAAAGUGAAUGCAGAAAAAUCUCCUUUUCUAACACAACGUCUACGCAUCAAAGUCAUACCCACCAUUGCCCUGAUAAAGGAUAGCAAAACAAAAGACUUUAUUGUUGGCUUCACCGAUUUGGGCAAUUGUGAUGAUUUCUCCACAGACAUGCUGGAAUGGAGAAUAGCCCAGUCGGGGGCAAUCGAUUACAAGGGUGAUUUGAUGACACCUCCCGAUGUCAAAAAGAAGGCAUAUAUAAAUCGUCCAAAGAAAGCAAUAAGAGGGGGUUACGACUCAGAUGACUCGGACAUUGAUUUCGAUGAUUAACAACCUGGCCGCCGUUAAUAGUGCAAAUUUUAAUUUUUUUUGUUUGUUUUUGGUUUUGAAAAAAAAGGAAAAAUAUUUAAAAUA